AAAGGAAUAGCUGACUAUGCAGAUGGUUCUCAGUUAGCUUCAGAGAGUUGGUCUUCCUGUGCCAGUGUGAUGGCAGCAUCUCUUGUUACACACAUGUUGAAUGAACCCCGUGUUUUCCAUUCAUGGCCUCAUUAUCAAGGUAAUCAUGCUAUCAUAAAGUGCUGCCACAUCUUGGCUUCUGAUUUAUUGAAUCUAUUGUUGGGUUCGUUCCAUAGUACAGUCACAGAUAAGCUACAUGGUACAUGUAGCUUAUGUACUGGUGUAUGCCAUCCCAAAUUCAGCUGUCCAAAACUCACCACUUGUUCAAGUUGUUUAAGUUGAGAUUCAAGUAGUGUAGUGAAUGUGAUACAUUUCUGUAAAAUAACAAGAAGCAUUUGAAGUGUGCAUCUUAUUUAAAAGGGACCAGUACGAUUUGAGAUAAUUUGCAAUAUUUAGAAGCUUUCAUGAUAGACCGGAUUAUACCGUAAAUCCUCUAUUAAGCCCCCCUCUUCUCAAAUAACCCCCCUCCCUCUUAUAAUCCCCCCUUCCCUCCCCUAAUUAUUCUUUACUAAUAAGGAUGGAUGGUUUCAUACCAACUGGAAGUUUGGAUUUGAUUCUGAUCCUCCGUGCAUGACCUUAAACCUUCUUGUACCAGGGGCGUAGCCAGGAUUGUUCAAAGGGGGGGUCACAGAGGCUACUCACGAGAUUGUCAUGUUGACCACCACGCCGUGCAUGUUUUACUUAAUGUUACAGUUUUGGGAUGAGCAGUGAGAGUACAGUGGGCAGAACAAGCCUACAAAAUAGCUUCUAGCCAGCAGUUAAGUUCCACGAAAAAACCCUAUUCUAUUAUGACUGCUUAAUGUAUAGAUACUGCUUAGGCAGAACAGUGGGCUUCAGUCUGCCUCGAAAUGGUUUAGGAUUUCGAUUUUUCUCUAUAAGUUGAAGAACAUUUCAACUUCUAGAGUUCUCGAAUCCCACAAAAAUAUUGUUUGUAGGGAGAGAAAGAAAAGAAUAAAGAAUGUGUGGCAUGUGUGAACAUGUGCACAUUUGUGUACUUUUCAUGUACAAAUUAUUGGAUCUCAAUAUGCCUCAAAAGUGCCAAAAUUGCAAGAAAACUAAUGAAAACCAAUUAAAGAAAUUUCUUUGUUGAUUUUAUUCAUUUACAUAUUUCAGAGGAAAGCUAUUAUGGAACUCAAGCAAAGACUUUUUUGAUCAGUGCCACCUUUCAACGUGACGUGAGGCCUUUCCUUUUUGACAUGCCUUGAAGCUACCAAAAGUGUAUACAUUGCGAACUGUCUUUACUCUUAUUGAGACAGUUUGCUGCAAAAUAUUUUGGGCAUAACAACUGCCCAAGAUGCAAUAUGUUCACUUCCGUUCGACCCCAGUACAAAAGUCGGACCGGAUCAACUCGGACCGCCAGUCCGGGUCGGAUCAACUCGGAUCGAAUAAAAAAAUGAAAAUAAAAUAAAAUAAAAUUGGACUCGGACCAACUCGGAUCAUAAAAGAUAAACAACUCGGAUUAUAAAAAGAAAAAUAAAAUCAGUCGGUAUCACUUAACUUUCACCCGCCAUUUUGUUUUUUUUCUCACGAACUCGUGGUUGCGUAAAUUAAUUUUAGUUUUAUUUUUAUUAAUUUUAAUGAUACACUAGUGAGAGGCACACAUACACUUCCAGUGAACAUUUUCAACUUGGAAGGAGGAGAAAUCAUGCUCGCCCGGGACAACGAAAAUUUUCGUACCCCAGGCGAGAAUUGAACUCACGACCCUCCGAAUACUACAUGUUUAUCGGACGUUCCAACCACUGAACCGGAGGGUUACGAGUUCGAUUCUUGCCCGGAGCAUGGAAAUUUCCUUUGUCCCGGGCGUGCAUGGUUUCUCCUCCUUCCAAGUUGAAAAUGUUCACUGGAAAUGUAUGUGUGCUGCUCACUAGUGUAUCAUUAAAAUUAAGUUUCAGAAGUCCUGCAGAAAAAAAAAACAAACAGGAACAAACAAACAAACACUCUUCGGUAACUAUCUAAAUGCGAUCAACAGACCAGGCUUUUGAUGCUUUUCUCAUAAAUAAUUCAGUAUUCUAAUAUAAGCAAAUAUAUACAUUCUAGGCGACUGAAACUAUCAUUUCUUUACUGUUGAACCACAACCACGAGUUUAUAACAUGAUCCGAGAGGAACUGGCACUAGUAAAACAAAAUGGCGCCAUUCUCGUCCCCAGAGCCGCUUGGCCCUCUUAACCGUCGGAGCCAGAAAGCCACGGAGAAAAAAAGGAUAAUCUGGCCUUUUUUACCCUCCAAAUGGGUUAAACUUUCAGUUUUGCUGAUUUAAUUUAAUUUUUUGGAUUGCUCCGAGUUGAUCCGAGUCCAGUUUUAUUUUAUUUUUAUUUUUUUAUUCGAUCCGAGUUGGUCCGAGUCGAUCCGAGUUGAUCCGACCCGGACUGGCGGUCCGAGUUGAUCCGGUCCGACUUUUGUACCUGCCUGUGUUGUAUGUGAAACGUUGCUUAAGCAGAACACAAGAUACUAACCAGUCUGCACUGCACUCUGCAAAAUAAAUCAACGAGCUAACUGAGAACUAUGGAUUAAACAAAUAAUAUUAUUAAAAUCUCGCUAAUUCUCUUAUCAUAAAAAACUAGUUGAUGUCAAUGUCAGAGGAUUAUUUUAAAUUAAUCACUGCAAUAGGAUCCCAAAAAUUAUCAAUAUCCAUGACCACUACACCCCUACAAAACAAUGGAAAAUGUGAUUAUAAGUGCCUGGUUUUUUUUUUUCAGCUUGGAAUGUUUUUCCAUCUUUACAAAAUUUACAAUGUGAUGCAGAGCAGGUUAGCAAAAAAACCAACCUACCAUCUGAUCUGAGAACGAUCGCUGCCAACAAAGGAUUCUUUGUUUCUGAUAACCAAGCAUCCGGGAACUGUUUGUUCCAUGCAUUAUCAGAACAAUUACAAAGUGUCAAAGGAAUUCAAAUCUCACACAAAGAGCUAAGAAAAACCUUGGUUCAGUUCCUCGAUGAGAACCCUAAUCUGGUAAGUUGA